GCGACCACGACCAAAGGGCAUUUUUAUAUAACCUCAAUGCAUACACAUAUGUACCAGCAUGACUAGUCUGAUAGUAUCUCAGACAACUGGAUUUAGUAUGACUUUGAUCAUUGGGUGUAUUCUUUUCCUUCUUGAUAUAGCUUUUGGGUGUCCCCCCGGAUGGACUACAUUCAACACGUCUUGCUAUCAUUUAUCAAUAGAGGAAGAAUCGUGGGUGGAAAGUAUGAAAAUGUGCGAGAUACAUGGUGCAUACCUGGUUCACGUUAACAGUGCCAGUGAGGAUACAUUUAUAACCAAUCAAAUGAUAACUAAUGGAGUGAAGGAGCUGUGGUUAGGCGGUUCCGAUUGGACUGUAGAAGGAGUGUGGGUAUGGGAACCGGAAGGAGACUUGUUUCAAUACUCCAAUUUUGAUCACCAUGAACCUGACAACUAUGGUGAUGAUGAAAAUUGUGUGAGAAAAGAACAAUCUGCUCAUUACCGUUGGAAUGACAAACCAUGUGACCAUCGUUAUUCUUAUAUUUGCGAAACUUCCAAUAAAGUCGGAAAUCCAGCAUUGGGCUAAACAUGAUGUGUUUGUAAAUUGCAAAUAAAUCAAGUAAUUGAA